CCCAAUGGAUUUAAGUCUCGAACAGGACUUAACAAGAAUAAGUUAGUGUGCAUUUUUUUCCGGCUUUCUUUACGCGUGUUGAAUAGAAUAAUCUCUUAAUUCGAGAGAAUAAUGUGUUUAAAAGGACUGAAGACUCACGCAACAAUUCUUUUACUUCAAACGUGGCCCUAAGUUACGUUUGGCAAAAGCAAAAGCAAUCCAACAGGCACGAAAUAUUAAUUCAAAGUUGACUGGACUUUUCCUAUUUUAGACAUUGUUAUGAUAGCUUUGUUUAUUCCUGUUAUUAGCACAGUUAAGAUGCUUUUUGUGAGAGCGACGCAAGCGAUGACAACUUCACUGCUGUGUCAGAACAUGUGGAGGUACUUACUGUUAUAAAUACUUGUGUCUUUGAUUCCUUCCAUAAACAGUUUUUGUCUUCUAGCAGUGGUGUAUUUGCAAGAGCUUAGAAGUUUUGGGCAAAGCGAAGGUGAGAGGCAUUGCCUUUAGUUAAUCUUUAAGGAACAGUUUUCCACAACAUUAAGAAUCCUUUACAAUUCAGAGAAUUGCUUUUGAGGUUAAAGCCAAAGAAAACUCUGCUUUUUUUGAUAGAGCUAGAGCGUAAAACUCAAAAGGAAAAGGCAAAAAUUAGGACGGUCAGAUUGUGAGUAGACUGGAUUAACAGACAAUUAUGUGUCUCCGUUUCACCCUCGUAGACAUAUGCUUACCUUUUCUCGAAAAAUCCUCCUCUGGUGAUGGAUAUUUCCGUUUCUAACAUAGGGUCAACAAGCAUUCAGUUUCCGUUGUAGCCGCCAGCCUCACCAUAAACUUAUUUCCUCACACAAUUUCAAUAUCACAGUAUCAAACAGACGGGUUGUGAGGUAAAUUGCGUACACUAGACAAGCUGGCAUGGCAUAGGAUUUGAUAUAACAUCACGUUUUUAGCUAACAGAAUCACUAUAAGGAAAUAAUGGCAGAAAGUCUGGACAAUAUUUAGUUCUUAGCAGAUAAAGAUUUAGAAACCAUGUCACGCAACACGUUAACAGUUUAGAAUCAUUUGGAACAAUUUAUAAUAAAUGUCGGCAGGGUUCAUUAAGAAAGAGCUGAAUGCAUUUAUCUGAAUAGGUAAUUAAUUGACUGAAAUGAGAGGCAUAGUAUUCAUACGAGGUCAGUUUAUAAUAAAAUGCAACAAAAAUUUUAGUUUCUUAUCGCUAUAAGAAAAGAGCUGGAGAUAAAAGAAUUUUUAUGCACAAAAAUGUAGGUACAGUUCAAAACUCGUACUCGUAUCGAAACAGUUUCAAUUACUGGACCAUCUGCUGAAAGAAAAAAACAUCAACGACAACAUCACUUGUGAUGACCAUAGGAACCAUGCAGUUUGACCCUGUAAAAGUACAAUAUUUGAUCUACUAUAUGAGAAAUGAAGACACCAUGUAACAGAAUUACCGUCAUGAUGCACUGAUAUAUCCUCCUGAAUUUUCCAAAUUCUAGAGAUGGCCGAUCAGAUUGAUAUCCAUGUGACCUACAAGGAUUCAAAGCACAUCAUUUCCUGUCCAAAAGGAGAAGUUGUCGAGGACUUUGCCAUUCGUUUUCUUGAAGCCUUCGCCGAUAUGUUACCGCGCGAGGUGGAGCCAAGUGAUGUCAAGUUUCAGCUUCACGUUGAAAAAUUUGAUGACUAUGUGGAUUUGCAGAGCAACGAACUGCUUAAAGAUGGCAGUAAACUUCGAGUUCGAAUUCCAGAGAGAGGACAGGUUGAAGAAGCAAUUUCUAUUAAGUAAUUAACUUAAAGUAGCUUAUUUUUGAGUAAUGAUAAGUCUCUCAUGCGCGUGUGUUACACAAGUAAUACCUCGAUGUGAGUAUUCGGCAAAGUAUAAACAAAUUUGAAUUUUGGCACUCUACAGAUUAGGUCUAUAAACUGCAAGGAAAGUUACAUUGUAACAACGAUCCGUGAAAUCAGUGAGUGUUGCGUAUCUUGCGGAACCAACGCUCGAUAAAGAAUGAAAGAAAAAAUUAAAACCAAAUGGAAAAGCAAUCUGAUAUUUUACUCCAUGCUCUGUUGCUGCCGGGUAAAACUAAAGUCUUCUUCUAUAGUAAAGUGCUGGAGAAAUAAUCUGCGCACUCAUGUUUUUUAUUUAUUUAUUUAUAUAUACAUUUUCUUUUUUUCCGCUUCCGAUGAGAUUGUAAGUGAUCGAGUGAGAGGUUCAGAAUACCCAGAAAUAAACGCCUCAAACGCCAAACGCUAAUUUGCCUCAAAUAAAACAAUCCACGAGUGUUAGUGGUAUCUACAAAAUUUCACCCAUCAAUUUUUAUGUGAUUUUUUUCAGUCACCUAUUAAGCCUCAUCCCAUCCAGCCGAACACCAUUUAUCGACUGUGGAGCCUCGUUAGUAGAAAGAAUGAGGGUGUUGUAAUGAGGAAUUCAAGCACUAACAUGGUGACUUGCAGUGGAACGUUUAGCCCCUGUGGUGACAGUACGUAUAUCAUUCAGUUAAUUUAAAGAAUAACGUGGGCUGUAUGCAAUUUCUAACCAAAUGUCAUGUAUAAAUGAAAGCAUUGACACAAAUGUCAAUGUAUGUGUUUUUACAGUUCCUACCCAUUCCCCUCAUCUCAUCAUGACCGUCUUCCCUCUCAGUCUCAUUAACACUUCUAUUGCGCAGCUCAUGUUAACCUUCAGGCAGAAACAACCUUCAUCAACUGACCUCAAUAGUAAUAGCAGAUGGAAACAAGAGGCGUUUUCCAUAACAAAGCAGCGAGAAGAAAUUACCCUAGCAUACUAACAUUUAUCAAAAUAAGGAUCAAUUUUUGUUAUCUCUCAAAAUGCCAAAUGACGCCUCCCAUCCAACAGUCCAAAAUUUAAGGUGGAUGAAAAAUUCACCAAAUUUUGUAACCUAAACAAACAGUCUACUAAUUAAGUAAUAUAAGCAAUUUUAUUUGAACCUCCGAAUAUGAGUGAUAUCGCAGCGCCCAGGGAACGUUGAUAAAAUUACCAGAAAUUGCCAAAACUUUUGUGAGUCAGGUAACUGGUAUGACUUCAGCUGGUUGAUUGAGGAACUCGUUUAACAUGACCGGCUUCCUGGACCCUUAUCAUAGGAAUUGAAAUAUCAUCUAACACUACAUCUACUCUAUGUCCCUUUUAGCUCUUAUGGAGACCAUUGAUAAAACAAAUGGUCAGACGGCUUCAUUUGCCCUGCAAUUCAAAGAUGGAGCAAACAAAGAGUUAACACUGACCGGAGAUGGUAAAGGAAAGCCUGUCGAAGCCAAGGUAACUAAUGGCAUGAUUCUGUCUUAUCACCUCUCUCUACUUCAUUCGCCAUUUCCUUUACCUUUUUUAUCUAAUAAUUAAUACACAUAGAAUCGUUCUCAUUCAAUAGCUUUCAAAUUUUUAAUAAUCAAUUUAUUCUUUUUAUUGUUCUAUUUAUAUAUUUUCUCCAGGGUCCUUUUAAAAUAACUGAUUUCUCCAACUGAAAUGUAUUUUUUCCUCCAAAACGCUAAGUGCUAGGGAAAGCUUGUCUUUCUAGCUCGAAGGUGACUUAAAGCAAUCUUCGAUUGAGUGCCGUAAUUAAAACAAAAACGAGCUGAAAGCCGGGAAUCGCAACGGAAGGACCAAAUCGUAAUGAUUUUAGUUUUGCAUCUGUUGGUUCAAAGAGUGGCGCAAGUUUUUUUGGACCAAUCACAGAGCGAAAGCAAACCUUGAGCAAUUCCGGAUUACUUUUGACACUCAAUAGAAAAUUGUCCAAGAAAGGGACUUCAAUAAAUCGCCUGAAAAUGGCAAUUGUUUCCAAGGUUGUGGCUAAGAAAAUUGGCAAGGGAAAAGAGCGUUAUUUAACCAUGAGAAAAAGUAAUUCAAAGCUUUUAAUUCAAAACUAUUUUCAAUUAAGGUAAUAGCAGGUGCAGAAGAAUCCAUCUUUCGACACUCAAUAAAAAAUUGUUCAUUAAAGGGACUACAAUAAAUCACCUGAAAAAUGUCAAUUGUGUCCAAGGUUGUAGCUAAGAAAAGUAGCAAGGGAAAAGAGCGUUAUUUAGCCUCGAGAAAAAAAGAAAAAAAUAUUGUUAAUUCAAAGCUAUUUUUGAUUAAGGUACCACCACCUCCAGGGGGAAAUCAAGAUAGAUCCAUCUUUGAGCCUGAAUACUUCUGGAGCUAUACGAUGUUCAAACAACGUAACAGUUACUACUACCUGGGAUGUGAUGCUUCUGGAACUCUGACUUUGGUUGAAAAUUGGAAUCUUGAGUAUCCGAAUCCUCAAGCUCUUUUUAUUGCUAACAAACCUAAUAAGUCCACCUGAGAUGGCCAAAGAUUCAUUGACUUUUGCUUAUUAAUACUUUGCUUUUUCAAAUUUC